AUGGCUAACUACAGAAAUCCUGAGCCGAAAUGUCCUGAAGAUCAAGAAAAAUUGUGCAGAAAUGAGAUUUUCCCGGAUACUUUUACAAAGCGUGAGUUGAAAAAGAUUCGUUUACAUUGUCCCUACGAACAGUGCAAAUGGUUUGGCAGCUAUCAGGAAUUGGAAAGUCAUUCUCAAGUUUGUGAGCAUGCGCUCAUCAACUGUAUACACAAGCAGUGUAACAUUCAGUUACCUCGCUCUCUCCUUGGUGAACAUUUGAAGAAUGAAUGUGAAUAUCGAAAUGUGAAAUGUGAAUAUUGUGGUAAAGAUGUCCCGUAUGCUUCACUUAAGGACCACAUAGAAAAGGUGUGUGAAAAUGCACCAGUGCUUUGUAAAUAUUGUGAGAAAAAGAUACCAAGGAAAGAUAUUGAAAACCAUGAAAGUACGACUUGUGAUGAAGUGCCGACUAAAUGUGAAUUUCAAGCUAUUGGAUGUGACUAUAAGAAAACUUUAAAACGAAAGGAGAUCCGCCAACAUAUGUAUGACAAUGUAAUUAAUCAUGUGAGCCUCCUGUUACGAUAUGUUAUGGCAUUUGUUACACAGUUAAGUAACUAUGUACCACGUCCAGAGUUUACUACUGCUGUUCAAAACAUGGGUGACCAAGUUACUGCUGUUCGUGCCAAUCUUUCAGAAAAGUUUGUGAUGUUGGCAGGUAAACUUACAGGUCUGGAAAGGAGGAUUGAGAGUCUCGAGGUUCGUGGUGAUAACGAUAGUAAUAAUGUCCACUUGUCAUUUGAGGUUUCCUCGAUGCGUGGUAGGAUUGCAACACUCGAGCGACAAGUGAGAGAUAAUUCUUCAACUAUACUACGAUUUAGCCAACAAUUAGAUCAAAUUGACGAUUCACUUGCAAGAAACACGAUAAAGAUUACGGACCUGGAGGGCCAACGUGGUGCGCGUGCACUGGGAUCCAAUCAGGCCAUUCACAGCUACAAUGGUACAUUACUUUGGAAAAUAGAAAACUUUAAGAAGAAGAGACAGGAAGCCACCAAUGGUAUAAAAACGGCCUUGUACAGUCUACCAUUUUACAGUUCUCAAUAUGGUUACAAGAUGUGUGCAAAGAUCUACAUGAAUGGUGAUGGUUUUGGAAAGGGUACUCAUUUAUCUUUGUUUUUUGUUGUCAUGAAAGGUGAUUAUGAUGCGCUACAAACAUGGCCAUUUCAAAAAAAGAUCACAAUGAUGUUAAUGGAUCAAGGAAAUGGAGAUCACAUGAUUGAUGCUUUUCAUUCAGAUCCUCAAAGUUCCUCAUUUCAGCGACCAAAGUCAGAUAUGAAUAUUGCUUCUGGAUCGCCACUCUUUAUGCCAUUGGAAGGUUUAAAAAAUCGUCAGUAUAUUAAAGAUGAUACUCUUUUUCUUAAAAUGGUUAUUGACUGAACAAUUCCUAAAAUUAAAAGCACGUUUCGAUUAUAAUAAUUCGUUUGAGAAUGUUUUGUUUGAGUUCAAACUUAAUUAUUUAAUGUUAACACUCACUGAAGAGUGAGAUAUUUUCUUGUGGAGUCAUGGGAUGAUAUGGAUGACGUAAAAUCUCUUCGUAAAUGUAAUGACUUUCAAAGAUUUUCAUGAUGUAACGACUAACUCAGCUAUAUGGAUUGUUAGUGAAAUUCCAUACCAAUUGCAACGAGUUAAAAAGGAACAAAAUCUGAAUGGACGAAUUAUGAAAUUCUAAACCAAUUGCUGCAAGUUAUGAUAAAAAGAUACAAGAUCUGGAUUAAUAAUUUUUGGAAAUCCAAACAUCUGCAACGAGCUCAGAUGAGACGACAGAAGUCUAGAUGGAUGGUUGGUGAAAUUGCAGGACGAGUAUUUUUCUAGAAUGUCACUAACCAUCCAUCUAGUGACUCUGAAAAAUACAGAAAAAUAAAAAUGCUAUGCAAUUAUAGUAUUUUAAAAUCAUUGCGCUACAAUAGCACGCAUGGCGACAUUUGCAGAAA